GUUACAAUGCACUUCUCACAGAAAUCUGUUGGUGGAAAGAGUAUCAAGAUUCGAACAGGCGAAACGGACGAAGCCGAAUUUGAACAAUGAAGGGAAGAGGCCGAAGAAGUAUCCGGUGUCUCGCUCUGAUCAUGUGGUGGAGGAUCUGCGACGUGGUAGAUCCGAACGGGCUCGGAGAAGGAGAAGUUACAGCAGCCUGAAUCGACCUCCCGGUCAAAAUGAAAAGAAAAGUUGAAACCUUGGCCGUUGCAAAUCCAGGUUCAGUACGGGUGGUUGAAACAGCGCGAGAAUGUCUUGACAAAACCACUGAAAAUGCGAUGCCCGGUAUGCUGUUUAGGGACCAUGGAAAUAUCGUUCAAAAACAGGCGAAGUUGAAGAGUUAUAGUGCUCUCCGGUCUUUUUGUGGGCACGAUAUCAAUGCAGUGUGCCAUUCCUUGCCUCAUAAUCCUCAUUACGCGGACAAUAAGGCUGGGGGUACUGUGAAGGAAGGUAUGUGCUUUACGAUUGAGCGGAUAGUUGCAUUGGGAACGUAUAGAGAAACGACGUAGCUUGAUAAUUAAAGAGCCGUUACCUGCGAUAGCAAGUCUGCGCAG